UGAUAUGAUUGAGCAUCCUUUGGGUGUAUGACCAAGAGUGGUAUAGCUGGGUCUUGAGGUAGAUUGAUUCCCAAUUUUCUGAGAAACUGCCAUAUUUAUCUCCAAAGUGUGGGCCCCAUUUCUUAAAAGAUCCAUCACGUCCCACAUCACUAACACCGUGGGGAUCAGGCGUUUAAUACAGAGACCCUUGGAGACCAAGUCAUAAGACCGAGGCUUUUUGGAGACUCCAGACCCUAGUGUUCCUGUCAUAUUACCUCUCUCUGGGCUUUGCUUUUCUGCAAGUCUACACUCUGUUUCAAUCAGUAACUCCACUGUCACAAAAGCCCAAGCAUGCUGGAAAGAUAUUAUGAAGAAUACUUGAUUCAAAAGCUUGUGAAUCACAAGGUUACAUAGAGAAGUUACUCUAAUCUGAGGAACACACCCAGUGCCUCCCAGAAGGAGAUCUGGCAAGUCCCCAGGCUGCCUGUCCUGGGAGGCACACAGGGGGCAAGGGCCAGGUCCUAGCGGCAUCUCCAGCAAGACAGCCACGGAAAGACCAUGGAGCAAGCCUUCGUUUUUGUGGGGCUGCUUGUGUGCCUGCUCUGCCUGCUGAAGUGUGUGAGGCUUUCCCAGUACCUCUUGCUGAGCUUCUGGAAGGUUUUACCAAGGUCUUUCCUGCGAUCGAUGGGACAAUGGGCAGUGAUCACCGGAGCAGGAGAUGGCAUUGGGAAAGCCUAUGCAUUUGAGCUGGCCAAACACGGACUCAACGUUGUACUUAUCAGCCGAACACUGGAAAAGCUACAGGCCAUUGCAGAGGAGAUUGAGGGGACCAUUGGAAGCCGUGUGAAGAUUGUGCAAGCAGAUUUUACCAAAGAAGACAUCUAUGACCAUAUUAAAGAAAAACUUAAAGGUUUAGAAAUUGGAAUUUUAGUCAACAAUGUUGGAAUGCUCCCCAGCCUGUUCCCAAGCCGUUUCCUGAACACUCCCGGUGAGAUCCAGAGUCUCAUCCACUGCAACAUCACCUCUGUAGUCAAGAUGACACAACUUGUUCUCAGGCACAUGGAAUCAAGGCAGAAAGGCCUCAUCUUGAACAUUUCUUCUGGGGUAGCCCUCUGUCCCUGGCCUCUGUAUGCCCUGUACUCGGCUUCCAAGGCUUUUGUGUGUACGUUCUCCAAGGCCCUGCAUGUGGAAUACAGAGCUAAAGGAAUCAUCAUCCAGGUGCUGACCCCUUAUGCUGUCUCAACCCCAAUGACAAAGCAUCUGAAUACCAACAUGGUGACCAAGACCGCGGAUGAGUUUGUUAAAGAGUCUUUGAAAUACAUCACGAUUGGGGAUGAAACCUGUGGCUGUCUUGCUCAUGAAAUCUUGGCAAUGUUGCUGAACCUGAUCCCUUCCAGAAUCUUCUAUAGCGACACCUUCCAAAAUUUCUUCCUGACAGACUACUCAGAUUAUCUGAAGCGCAACACCAGCAACAGAUAGCGGGAUUGGGGGGUGGGAGAUGGAGGUUAGGGCUAAGUGGGGGUAGGUGAGGUAGGGCUGGAGCGGAUGUUGGUGGUAGUGGCCAGAGGAGCCCAUCACCACCCUUCACUUGCUGAGGGGAGUCUGCCAUACACAGGGCAUGGUAGUUUGAGUCUGGAGCUCUCAAGAAAAGCUAGGGUAUAAAAGGGUAUAUUUUCUAUAAAAGGGAGGCUUGACAUUAGAGGUAACACCAAAAGAAUCCCUGUAAAGGUAAUAAAUGUGCUGAAAAGAAA